UAUGUGAAGUACUGUAAUGUAGGCAUCGAUCUACGUUCCGCAGGUUGGAUUGUGGACUGGCUAGGUGCGUAAACACCUUAGACAAGAGCACUCGAGGAGCCUGCCCUAUUGAUCGACAUUCAGAGCAGUAGAAAUCUACGGUCCUACCAACAGAACAUAUAUAAUUGUUCUAGUCUUCUGGGUAACUGCAUUCCGCAAUCAGUCCCGCACUGUUGCUCUGCACGAAUAAGCCACUUCAUCCGUGGUCUUUGUAGAACCACCACUGAUCUAUAAUGCGAGCACAGCGUGCAGAUCUUGUGAUUUCGUUGGCUGCGGUUAUUAUCGCAGCGGUGCACGGCGAAGUUACCGGGGAUGAGCUUGCCAAACGGGAAUUUCUGGAUCCUCUUGACGUUUGCGGGGAGUUAAAUGACUCCGUCGCAGCCGCACUGGAGACGGAGAGACUGCCGCUGAUCGCCGACCUGAUAAGUCAAGCGAAAUGUAAGCACGGCGAAGUUGUCUGGAAUGAGGGGGCCGUCCAGCGCUUUCUGGAUCCACUUAACGUAUGCGGACCGUUAAACGACUCCACCCCCGCCACAAUGCAGAUGAAUGAUUCGGCGUGUUUUCAAAUUUUCAGUUCUCGUGUUCGUCAAUUCAUCCACGAAAUGAUGCGUCUGCAUCAAAUCCUCGAAGCCGAGGAGUCCCUUAAUCAUCCUCCACAAAAACCCCGCAUCAUCAUCGGCGGCAGAACAACACCGGUCAACCGCAGCCCGCAAUGGUGGAUGGAGCCCUGGUACACAUCCGUCAUCCCCGAACUGCGGUUAUUGUACAAAGCGUUCCCCCGUCCCAUCAACAGUGGGUUGAUCUUGGGUGCGACUUGUCUGAUCUAUGCUCUCCUGGGAGCGAGUGGCAGUUUUCUGGAUGCCAUGGCCGAAUGCGGAGUCUUCGAGAAAAUCAAGCUGUUGCUGAGAAUUCUGGCUGUAAUAGCACUUGGUGCGCUGGCAUUUAACGUUCUCAUGCAGUUUACCUAUAUUGCCCUAACGCUGGCCGAAAUUCACGCUGAAAAAAACCCUAAAGAGCCUAUAGAAAUCAACCUGCGUUUCUGGUAGUAUGCAUGCCGGGGCAGCGUGAGCUGGGAUGUUUUUAAAAUGCACGGUCGCAUCGUUUCAUUGCAGUAAUAAAUACCCGCUCA